AUGUCGGCGAACAGUCGAAAGAGCAACGUGGAACAAGGUGCCGCUUAUAGCACCUUCACGAGACCUCAGGCGAUUCUUACCGUAUGCUUGGUAGCGCUCGCAGGAUUCUUCUCGCCUUUCACAGCCUUCACCUACUUCCCGUCCCUACACUCGAUAUCGAAGGAUUUCCAUGUCUCGCUCGAACUCAUGAAUGUAACGGUCACUGUUUACCUCGUCGUCCAGGGGAUUGUGCCACCUCUGCUGGGUGACAUUUCAGAUGGCAUCGGCAGAAGACCGGUCUACCUGAGCAUCUUCACACUCUACUGUGCUGCCAGCAUUGGCCUGGCUCUGCAACGGGACUAUGCCGCACUACUUGUCCUUCGCAUGAUACAGAGUGCUGGAAGCUCUGCAACUAUUGCUUUGGGAUAUGGAGUGAUCGGUGACAUCGCUGCUCCUCACGAACGUGGCAAGUACGUGGGACUAUCGGUUAUGGGUUUCAACAGCGCACCAGCACUUGGUCCUGUCGUUGGAGGACUUAUUACCGAUCGAGCAGGAUGGCCAUGGAUCUUCGUCUUUCUGGCGACAGCUUCUGCGACUCUCCUCAUAUUGCUGGCCCUCUUCUUCUACGAGACUGCGAGAAGCAUCGUCGACAACGGCAGUAUACCACCCCAACGCUUCAAUUGGAACAUCUUACAGUUUCUACAAAAAGGACGUAGGGACGAACCGCCGAAGCCAGUUCGACUUCGGGCCCCUAAUGUCGUUCCAUGCCUAAAGUUAAUCUUCCACAAAAACACCCUGCCAGUGCUCCUCGCCAACGCUACGUUUUACAUGACGUACUCGUUCCUACAGGCUACCACAGCGCCACUUCUGCAGCAGCUAUAUGGUCUGUCUCCGCUGCAAGCUGGCCUCUGUUACCUUCCGUAUGGAGUUGCGGGUGCGGUCGCCAGCGUUCGUAUCGAGAGUCCGCUGAGCGAGAACAUCAAGCUGACCACUUACUGGCUGAUUACUGAUCGUGACUAUCGCAUCACGGCGAAGCAACACAAUCUGUCCAUCGAUCGCCUACGAGGCGACAAUAUCCUGCAUUUUCCCAUCGAGAAGGCUCGUUUACGAUCAGUCUGGAUAUAUGUUACGCUGGGAUCGACCUGUGUAAUAGGCUACGGCUGGUCACUUACGGCACGCACCCAUCUUGCCGUGCCUCUGAUCUUGCAAUUCGUCAUUGGAUUUGCCGUUACAGGAGUAUUCAACAUCUCCAACACAUUGAUUGUCGAUGUGCAACCCGACCGACCUGUUACUGCUUCAGCGUCUGUGAGCAUCACACGCUGUAUUAUCGCAGCCGGAGGUGUCGUCGUCGUCCAGGUCGUGAUGAAUGCCUUGGGGUCAGGCUGGACGUUCACCUUGAUUGGCGGUCUAUGUUGGGCUACUUUACCAAUGUACUGGAUCGUAAGGGCGAACGGUUGGGAGUGGAGGAAGCGCAAAGCAGAACAGUCCGUGACCGAUUAG